AUGGCGGUGAGAGCGACGGCGUGGGAGCUGGUACCCGCAGUCAGCGGGUACUCAGUUUCAGAAUAUUCAUAUGCCAACCCAUGCCAAUUUAAAUUCGAUGGGUUCCUUCUGCUGGGAGGCUGUUCCACUACCACCCUUUUUAAGACCUUCAAGAAUAACAGAAGACACAUUGCAUAUUCUGGAAACGACGUGAACCAAAGUUCCAAUUGUCCUCCAGUCGAUAACCUGCUUGAAAAAUAUUAUUUGUCUACCAUGUAUUCCAUAGAAUUUGCCCUUGGCAUCCUUGGUAACGGGAUUGUAAUGUUUGGAUAUAUCUUCUGUAUGAAACACUGGACAAGUGGAAGUAUCUACCUGUUUAACCUUUGCUUGUCAGAUUUUGCAUUUCUCUGUACUCUUCCACUUUUGGUUGAAAGCUAUGCCCAUGAAAUCUGGAGGUAUGGAAGCAUUUUGUGUCAAGGCAACAGGUACCUACUUCAUGCAAACCUCUACACCAGUAUCCUUUUCCUUACCUUUAUCAGCAUUGACCGAUACAUGCUGAUGAAAUUCCCUUUCAAAGAACACUGGAUGCAGAAGAGAAGCACAGCGAUUAUUAUAUCUAUUGCCAUUUGGAUUGUAGUGAUACUUGAAAUUUCACCAAUUCUGAUUUUCAUAGAAUUGGACCAAAGCAAACUAUGUCUUAGCUAUGGGAGCUCUGGGGUGGCCUCAGAAAGUCUUAUCUAUAGCCUCUGCCUGACUGUUACUGGAUUCCUUAUUCCAUUGUGCAUCAUGUGUUACUUUUACAUUAAGCUUGUUCAUUUUCUGAGAAAUAGGAAUGAACAUAUUAUGACAUCUUAUUCUCUUGAAAAACCACUCACAUUGGUUGCUUUGGCUGUAAUAGUAUUUUCAGUACUCUUCACACCUUACCACGUAAUGAGAAAUUUAAGAAUUGCAUCACGAUCAGACUUCUGGGUGUUGAGUCAAUGUUCUAAAAUCACCAUUAAUGCAAUAUACAUCAUAUCAAGGCCCUUGGCAUUCUUAAAUAGCGUGAUAAAUCCGGUAUUCUAUUUUCUAAUGGGAGAUCAUUUUAGGGAACUACUUUUAGCAAGGUUUCAGCACUUUUUCAAGACAAUGAAAUCUCGAUGUUUUUUUAAUCGGAAUCAUGUGUCCUGA